CGGGCCCAGCUCCCCUCGCUCCCUUUCUCCCAGCUCCACGACUGGUCACUUCGCCACUGUCCUCUGGCUGCGGGGGGUAACCUGGGCAAUUUAGUUAAUCCAUUAACAACUAAUUGUCUCCUCCUACCCUGGUGCUUGGACAAACAAGCCCGGUGGGGGGGCUGUGGGGGACCAAUAAAAGUCGGGCUGGAGCAGGAGGAAGCACAACCGCUGCACGGGUCCCUUCACUUCUCUCUCUGCACACUCACUGGAGGUUUGGACUUUGGGAUUUUCCUCGACCGUUGAGUCACAGACCAGUGACUUGAUUUUUCCUUUUCUCUUAGAAUCACCGUGUCUUGAGGUGUUUUCUUGGUUUCUCUUCCUCUUGCUCCAUUUAUUUUUUUCCGCGGGUGUCGGACAUGUCGGGGAACCUGUGGAUGCUGGUUCUGGUUCUUUGCGUCUCCUGGUCCGAGGCUCGUAUUUGGGCCUGGAUGCUCAACAUGCCUCAGAGCUCCCCCAAGGAUGGAACACUCAGAGAAGGAUCUCACAUCUCCAAACCAACCAUGGUUCUGUGCGACCACGACAGGACGUGUGGGCGGGGCUUUUCCUGCGACCGCCACUUCGGCCUGUGCGUCCCCCUGCGAGGAGAGAGCCACUACUGUCGCCGGGACGCUCAGUGUGUCCGGGGCCUCAGCUGCAUGUUCGGCAAGUGUCACCGCAGCAUCCCCAACGGACAAGAAGGUGCCAGAUGUAAAGUGGACAGGGACUGCGGGGCGUCCAUGUGCUGCGCCCGACACCACGGGGAGCAGGUGUGCAAGAGGCGUCUGAUUCGUGGAGAGAGCUGCUACGUGCCGGACGGCGGCCUGGCGUUCAGCAUCAACCAGAUCUGCCCGUGUGACGAGGGGCUGCUGUGCCGGGACAACAGUGCUCCACACAGGAGAGAGUGA